CAUAUCAACAAAUGCGCGGCCACAUUCAUUCAGUUACGCACCGCCGCGCAGUAAACAUCGCUCCGUUCGCUGUUCCGUGUGCCGUACUUUGUUUCUCUCUUCCACUUCCUUUCCGUUGCUUGCGCGGCCAGCAUACGCUCUCACGCGCGCUUAGUGGCGGGCAGCAGGUUUAGCAGCAGCGAACGCGAAUCGCACGCAAGAGAGUUUGCGAAUUUUACGUGUUGCCAAAAACAAAGCAAAAAAAAAAAACGUAAUCUUGUGCCCGGUAUACAAACACACACAUAUAGUGCGCUUCUGGGUCGAUUCGUUGGUGUGUGAUUUCUCGCGCGCGCCCGACUAGUAUUCGCGAGUGUAUUGCGCGUGAACGUGAACGCUUGUGUGAAAGAAAUAAAAGCUGAGUGAUUCACGACCUGCAGGUCUGAACGGCCUUUACAACAGCAAGCCAGGGGCGAAUAUUUCGCUCUGCUCGCAAUCUUUGCAUUUUCGGGGUAGACACCUCGCGGGACAGCAGUAGUAGUAGUAGUAGCGGCAGCUCGCUAGUUAGUGUACGAACGUCCGGUGCACAGCACCACACAACAGGCAGUUGCCAACGGUUACCGAGCGACAGUUUGAAUUAGCGCGAACCGGAGGGGGUUUUUUCCCUUGCACGCGUAAAUUAAACCCGGUCUCAGCGCAACCCGGUUAGCACGCGGCAAGGUAUUCCCAACGCGCGCAAGGUGGGUGGGCAAAAUUAACCGGUCUCUGUCUCCUUUGCCGGACAGCAAAAAGUGUGAAUUUCCGUCUCGAUAAAACAGUUUCCCGUCCGUUUUGGUGACGUCACGUUGCACAGCAUCAAGCUACAGCCUUCGCGCGGUCUCUGGCCUACACACCAAGGACUGUCAAACUGCCGUGCGCAAAGGAGGCGUUUUGUUUUUGUUUAUCCCCUUUCGCUGAACUACGUCUUCUCCACAUUCUGCGCUCCCGCGAUUGAGAGAGAGAGAGAGAGAGCGUACAAAAAAGGGGAGAACGAGAGAAAGUGCAAGAGAGCGCAAUUUCUCGACACCGAAUUUGACAGGUUGUUGUUUUGCGAGGGGGUGGCGAAAGGCGCGUGUCACCAAAAAGCCCAACCUUAAGGGCAGAGGGCACAGAGCAAAGCAAGAGACACACAUUUUUCAAACAGAAAAGAAAAAGCAAUCAAACGGAACUAUUGUUAUGUGCUGUAGUUUACAAACAAACCAUUGAUUUGACGCAUCCACAGUAGCACAGUAACAAAGUGGGGGCGUGCGUGAAGUUUGCGAGAACACAAAAAGAAGGAGAAGAAGAAGUCAACAGGACGAACUCGUCGCGCAAGGGUCGGGACAGUGCAUCUUUGCUCGCCCCACGUUUGGGGGAAAAUAAAGCGAAGCGAACAAGUGUGACGGCGACGAGCCGUUUUCCCUCCGAGUGAGUGUGUGUGUGUGUGUGUAUAUGCUAAAAUUGUUAGAACAGAGAGAAAGUGAUCAGUUUUAGGGGGGAGGAAAUAAACGGAAGAGCAUUAGAGUGAAGGGCGUCCGCGCUCCCGUGUUUCUGUGUGUGAGUUUGUGUUUGGUACGAGAAAGUUUUGGCCAUAAAGGAAAAGCAAAAUACAAUUUUCCCGAAAAGUGAUUGUACAGUCGCAAGUAACGCACAAAAGCCCCACCAAGGCAAGAGAGCCUAGCACCGCCAGAGAGUGAGAGAGAGAGAUAGAGAGUGCCACAUACACGCGACAACACACGACAAGGGAUAUCACAAGCAGCAGCAGCAGGAGCAGCAGUGAUAGUAGUAGUGGUAGUAGGUAGUUGUAGUAGCAGUAGCACAAACAGGACGUACCCGAGUUGGCCAAACGGAACGCCAACGCCACCGCCACAAGCGCCCGUCAAAGCGUCCCACCAAAGGUGGUAGUGCCCUCCUCAAACGGGUGGCCACCGAAAAAGGCUGGGUGGCUCCACUGAAAGAACGAGUGCGUGUGCGUGCGUGCGUGCGUGUUUGUGAUUGUGAAAAGGGAUGCCCCAGAGUAGGUGUUCCAGCAGCUUUUGCGUGAUUGUAUAGUGUGUGUGUGUGUGUGUGUGCGUGUGUGUGUCGGUGUGUUCCUGGGUUACCUGUGCGACCAGCGGAAAACACGGCCCUCAUCAUGAAUAAGCUCGACUACGAUGUAGAUUGCUUAGAAAUAAGUGACGACCUGAUAAGCAUGGCCGAGGACAAUACUCUUGGUGAUUUUUCACAUAUCGACGAUGACCUACAGUUUACAGUGAAAAACGAUGGAAUGCUCGCACUAAGAUUAAUACAAGUGGCAGACAGUUUAGAUUCACCUAAUUUUAUCACAGGAUCUCCAGCUAGUCCAUACCCAACGCUAACAAACUCCAGCAACGAUCCCAGUCAAUGCUCUUUUCUAGUGUUUAAGAAAAACAACGACAACGUAAAACAGUCCCGCUCCGCCAACAGUGUCCGGGGGGUGCAGCGAUCCUCCGACUGCAACGGUGACACGAACCUAAAUCGAAAGCAACAGCGCGAUGAUCGGCGAAGGGCGAACCACAACGAGAUCGAGAGACGGCGGAGGGACAAAAUCAACAACUGGAUCCACGAGCUGAACAAAAUCAUCCCCGCCGAGCACAUGAACAGCCCGUCGUCCGAGACGCAGAACAAGCAGAACAAUGGCGGCCAGGGCGAGAACCUGUCGAAGGGCGGCAUCCUGGCGAAAGCGUGCGAGUACAUUACGCGGUUGAAAGACACCAGCGACAAGCUGACCGAGUGCCUUGCAGAAAAGGACCAGAUACUGCUGGAGAACCUGCAGCUAAAGGAAAGCAUCAACCAGCUGCUGGCGGAGAACAAGCGGCUCCAGACGCAGCUCCAGUUUGCGCUCGAAACGAACGUGAAGCUCGAGUCGUAGCUACUAGUGGUCGGUACUACUACUUUUACUAGGGAGCAUCAGCAGCAGCAGCAGCAGCAGCAGCAGCAGCAGAAUUCGGUCGAACCGAUACAGCCGCUGGCGGAACUGCUGCUACAACAACAUCAGCCUCAUCAUCUUCAACCAGAUCAUCAUCAUCUUCAUCAGCAGCAGCAGCGUCAUCAUCUCCAUCAUACAAGCAGCCAGCAGAAAAGCGCACCCCAACAGUCUGUUAGAACGUAUUGAAAAACGUAUCAAAAGUGCAUGGACCGGCAGAGGCAUGAGCGAACCGAAAUCUAUCACUUGUAAGUACUAUGAGCCUGCCAGGAAGAAAGCAUGAAAAAACAUGCACACACGACAAAUAUCGUUAAAUGAAUCAAUUUGAUCGCUAAAGUGGUAAUUACGCGGGAUCGAUCGUUUGGUCACAGAAUAUGUAAUACGAAACACGUGUAAAGCAUGUCGCGCAUGGUGCAGGUUCCGAGGGAGUUGGACAGCAGAACAAACGCGUAAAGUUAGAUGAUCGAGCAUGUGCGUGUGUCGUUGUAUGUGUGCACAAUUGUGCUAGAGGCCCGUAUUACUGAGUUUUUAGUGUCAUCAGAGCGUGACACAGUGGCAAUAACGCUAGGCAAUAUCGUGCGAUACUGUUGUGCCGUAGGGCAGGUCCCUACAGUGGUGGCUGUGGAAAAUUUGUAACACAGAAAAUGGUGUAGUAACGAUCAAAUAAGAUAAGGGCAGGGGUAAGGGGGAAAGGGCCAGAAGAGCCAACCCGUAUGCAAUAUCAUUAUUAUCCGUUCCGUGCAUGGUGUUGUGUAUGUAUGUUUUUUUGAAUCUUCGGUUCGGAGUUUAAUGUCGCUUUUACUUCCCACGGCCGUCUACUGAGUCGUACUCGACCCCGUAGGAUGUAGGAUCAUAUCUAAGUCAGCUAGCUCUAGUAAAACAAUAGACGGCGACACUGUCACCCGAUCGGGAUCGUUUUGUUUGCUAAGCAGCAGAUCGCGAAGCGCAGAAUAUUGAGACGAUAGGAAGUUAUUCGGUGUACCGUUUUUUUUUUUUUGGGAGGUUAAGCAUGGGAUACAUCAAUCCCAGUAGGCGAAUAUCAUUUUUGCUGUUAAUGUUCCUCGAUAUCGCCUGUAGUUGUUACCAGUUGUGCUCGGGCUCGCUGCGGGUCUGUUAGGAAAAACUAAGCCCUUAUAAUGCACCACCAUCGCACCAUCGCCCAAUAAUCAAUCGAAACUCGCACACAGCACCACCAUGUUGAAGUCUGGCUGUGAUGAUGCGGCGAAGCAUUGAACACAUGUUUGCUUUAAAAAAAGGCCACUCUUCCGGUGAUACGAUCUUGCCGUUCCGAAGCUUGCGGCUUACUUUUUUCCAUCUUCUAGACCAUCAUCUCCGUCGCAGUCGUGGUCGACAUGACACGCACCCGGAGUAGUGUCCGAUUGCUGAUAGGUAAACGAGAGAAGGAGUUCGUUUCAAUUGCCGAACAUGGCAGAGGCAGCAUGACGAUGGGGCAUAUGAAUCAGCCGAAAUGAAGCCAUUGUUACGAAGGCUAAUCUAAUUCUCGGGCGACGCCGGAUGACUUGGGCCCCACAAGACUGUUGUCGUUGUUGCAAGACUCAGUUUUUGACUGAGUCUGCGCCCACUCCACUUGCGCCCGACUGCUGAUCAGUCCAUUGGCCACCCAUAGCACAGCACGACAAGAACACGAGAUGAUGACGAUGAUGAUGAUGAUGGGAAGAGAGAUGGCUUAUAUCAACUUUAUCAAACCGAUCAAUUAGAUCCUGAGUUAUACAGCGCUAGUUAAGCCCAUCUAGCAUCACGCCCAUGGCAAGGGCGACGGGGAAGAAGCAGAAGCAGGAGGAUAGUCCGGUAUUUAAGCUUCCCCAAUACGCUACUCAAUCGAUUGGUACGGCCCCCGUUUGAUUUAUUUGUUUAUGGGGACCCACCCCGCCAUGCCGUGGGACACGCCCGUACGGACCUGUUUGGAGAGUCUCCCGAUCAAUUAUUCGGCGACCGAGCGGAGGGACCGCCUUGGGGCCACCAUGACGCCGGUUAGUGUGCUAGCAGACACGGCAUACGGCGGGUGCGUGUGAGAUAAUGUUCAUUCAUAUGACUGCGGUGUGACGUAGGUGGCCCCUCGAAAAGAUAGCCAGCCGGAAAGGCUUGGAUGGCGGAUGGGGUGAAGUUGCUUUGUCCGAUCUAUAUUCCUCCCCUGUUCUUCGCUGUUUUUUCUUCUUCUUUUGCUUUGCUGCCAGCGCGUCCCAUAAUCUUGACGUUGACAAUUAUGGCGCCAGCGCACAUUUCGGACGCUUAUCACUCAUUAUUUUUGCUUUCCAGUCUCGCCCCUACUUCCCCUACUCCCAUUCAUCUCAUGGUGGAACGGGGACUAACGCAAGGGAGCUCUCCCCGGGGUUUUCGCCUAUCGUUGGCCGUCGUGCUCUUGCUCUUGAUGUCACAGAAAGGGUUGACAAAUUUGCCAUGCAUGGAUUACACGGUGCCCCUGCGCGCACCAGCAGCAAGCGACUGGCUAUCGCUCACCGUCUGAGCAUGUGUGUGUGUGUUAUCUUGCCUGGAGGAAGGAAGGAAAAGAAUUCCAUCGCCCAUUAUCUCGAACGCGGGUGUCUCUCGACCGUCCUAUCCUCUCCGGUGUUGCCGAAGCAGUUUAAAGUCUCCGGCUGUGAUGUGGAAUGCGUCGCUGGAAGGUGACACGACACGAUCAAAGCGCGGUUGAUGUAAUGAGACGCGUGUAACAGCAGUAACAGUUACGGAAGGCUCACCCGUACGAGCGCUACGUAAUGGUGGCGGCAGCGGCGGCAUUUGCAUUCGGAAAAGAUCAUAAUGUCGCUCAUCCCGGUUCUCCGGGAGGUGCGAGCAGGAAUAUCCGGAGGGUCAUUAUUUAGAUGUGAUAAGGGGGGGGGGGGAGGAAGACCGUCAGCAUUGGGCGUUACAUCGGAGAAUCGAAAUGUCAGUCGGGAAUGCUUGUGUGCGCGAUCAGUUUGCCCUUUAGCUAAUUGCGCGCUUCGAUUCAAGGAAUCCAGCCUUCCAGUCCACAGCCCAUCUUGCUCGGGCCCAUCCAUUCCGAAUCGAAUCUACUCAAGCAACGUGAUCGAUGUGGCAGGUUCGCGCGCCCUUCACGAUGACGGUGCGGUUGGAUGUGUUGUAGCUGUUGCUGCUUUUUUGCACACUUUUGAUCGGUAUCGUUCAAGGGCUACCUUCGGGGGAUUGACUGUCGGAAUACAAACAGCUACGACACACACAUGUAACCAACAAAUCACCAAAGAAAACCGAAACAACACUCUGAAGAGCCUACGCGGGGCCCCAUCGACGACGUCACCGAUUUAUCGAUAUCAUGUUCACUAAUUGUUAUUUCUUGUUAAAUACGUGUUUCAUGAGCAUGACAUUAUUAUCUCCCCCAACUUCUUCCUUUACCCUGCUCCCCCCAACGGUAUGGUGGGUCAAAAUGAGGAUAAUUUGAUGACGAUUUGGUUUGUUUUUUUGUUGUGGUUGUGUUUCAGUGGAAAACAAACCACACGCGACCCACGCGAGCCCGAGGGCACGUUCCGGCGGUUGACGGUGUUGCUGUUGAUGUUACUGUUCUUGUUUUUGAUGUUUGUAAGCGUUGUUUGCGAGGUGGAUGAUGGCAACGACAGCGGCCGGAACCAUAUUUUGAACCAAUCUUCUCCCCCGCCCCAGUAGUGUGGUCCCACCCGCGAGCGCGCGCAGGCCCCAAGGAAGAUUGGUUUGUGGAAAUGACAAUAAUCGAACUCCAAAUUGCACCGACGAUCGGUUGCACGAUGCUCCUCCGGUUCCGGCCCGUUGUAGAUGACGAGGUGAAGGGGGUUGUGACGAUGUUACUACAUCUUAGUGCAUCGGGCAUCGAAAGGGGACAUGAUGCAGCUAACAUCCUGACGUCAGCGAAUACGCCAUCAAAACAGGGAUAAAGACGUCAUCGAUGACGGAGAUUCGCGGAGGAGUAGACAGUUUUGUGUUGUGUUGAUCGGAGUAAUUAACCCUGCCAGACGUAGUUUUGUUUGUUCCAUGUAGUUAGUGUGUUAGUUCUACCACUCCAAAAUCUCGACCAAAACAGGUCCCGCGUGUGAUGAUCACAACGGAGGGGAACCAAGCCAACAGUUUUAACACAGCCGUUUGCACAUAGUUGAUGCUUGGUGGAGUUGCGUUUACAAAACAAAAACAGGUUCCCAUUUUUCAAAGCCAUAUGACGCUGUCUUUAUCGAUCAUCUGUGAGUUGGAGAUCUAUGAGAUCAUUAUAAAGCGCCGAAGAAGCUAUCACCCAGAUCUGUUCCACUGUUCAAUUAGCAUCUUUUGAUCGGAGGAAAGCAUGAUGCUCUUGGUCGCCUGACAGCGUGAAGAUCAGAGCUUCUCGAGGUGAUUCUAACGCAUAAGUAAACAGUGGCACCCAUUCGCACAUUAGCCAUUCAACUUUUUCAACUAUAUGUUUUUUUUUUGGUGCGCAAACAAAAUCCCUGUUCUAAAAAGACUAGACCGUUUUUUGUAGAUCUUAGCAAGUUGCUUAGUCUCAGCCCAACACCCAAGUGAACACUGAGUUCCAUUCGACACGAAAAGAUGCGAUUGAUCAGAGGCAUCGAGUCGUAAGUCUACGAGCUACGAGACAGAUUGAUUAAUAGACAAGUACUUAUUAAAAUGCCAGAGCGGCCAGAAUGUGCUGCAAACGUUUAAUUGGACCAAUCGGAGAGGGCCGGUUGAAAAGCAAAAAAGUGAUGUGUGCUUUACGGGUUCUAGCAGUACGACCACCCUCGGCCACAUUAUCUCACACUGUGUGUCACAUUGUGUUUGGCCUGGGUGUGUGUAUGUGUGUGUGUAUGUGGAGUAUGUAUGCGGAUUUGUUGUACGAAGCAUUAGAACGUGAUAAAUGGGAUGCGCCGUGGGUUGUGGAGUUUAAACACACAGCUUGAGAGAUCAGCCGUAACGGCUGAUGGCGCCCUAGAUUUGCUCACAAAACAAUUGAGCCCACACAGUGGUGGACGGAUGGCUUAAACAUUGGAGCUCCCUGUAUACAGACGGCCAAACAUACACGGUGGCGUUGGUGAAAGAUUUAUAAUCGUUAAAAGGCACUAGUGGAAGACAGCCAUAGGCCAAAGCCUGGGGUACUAUCUUGUCCGUUCUAAGUCAACCAGGUAUCAGAGCAUCAGCAGCAGAGCGUAUGUGCAAAGUUGAGUGUGCAAAUCAUGUGUCACUAGAGGAUUAGCUGGUGUGUGAGAUUGGAACCGAGUUGUGGCGAGGAUUUAUAGUACGCCAGAUUAGAGAAUAUGCCCCUGUUGGGUCCUGGUGCUGGUGAUGAGUUUCGUCGCUGUUCGCUUUCUGCUCGGUAACUUACCAAGCGCUAGCCUGAUAGUGGGCAUGGACGAGCGCAGUAUCAGUAUUUCCAUUGGUAGUAUCCAAUUCUACUUAGCAUGAUGUAUUAGUUUUUUUUCAUUUUUUGGAUGGGUAGACCAAUCUGUUAUCUAAUUAAAUAAGACGUAAAUUCACGUGCGCACACACACACACACUUCCGACCGUUUAAAAAAACAACAUUUAAGGUCACCAAGCAACGGGAAAAUGGGAGAAUGGAGUUACGUUGCCAUAUUAAAGAAUUUUAGUUGGUUUUGGUUGGCUGCCUGUUGCCUGUAGAAGUCGCCACUAUGGUUUACUGCAGCUGCUGCUUACACCCUAUUUGAACAAAUCAAGGGCGUGAGACAAACAUGCGUGCAAUGGUUUUUACAUUCUUAGUUGCUAAUUAAACUUUGGUGUAAGAAGUGGAAGAAGUCGAAGAAGCUGUUAUUUGUUGCUUUGUUUAGAUGUGUAAGUAAGCGUUAACUUUGCUGCAUACGUUUUGCUAGUGAUACACAAGCCCCGUCACGCUUUUCUUAGCGCAAGCCGUUGGGAGAUGCGUGCGAGAACACGCAGCACAUUAUAGGUAAGAAGAAUGGUUACACUUAGUGCGAAAAACCGAACCAGUACACCAGAGUUAGCGGUGACCCAAUUGAACUGAGAAAAGAGCGAGGGGUAGAGAAAGAGAGAGAGAGAGAGAGAGAAAGGGUGCAGUUACAGCAUUACUGAAUUGUAGUAGUAUUUUGCGCUGCGACACGUUUUGGUUCUAUUUCUGUUUCCGUUUUCUGUUAUCAUUGUUACGUAAAGCAUUGUUAGGACCCAACGGCACAGUGGACAGUGUGGGUCGGCCCAUUUACUAAGGUUUAAAAUAUUAACAAAUGCAAUAAUAGUGUUACGUCGUGUACGGAAGUGGCCGAGGAAGCGGCUGAUGCGUGAUGGAAUCGUAAAGUAUUCACUGUACAAAAUGUAGUACAGCAAAAGCAGGAGGUUGCAUUAUUUACGCGGUAGCAGUGGGGUAUCAAAACAGUAGCGAGUAGUUGAAGAAUGCCGCCUUAAGUGCAACUGAGAGUAGGAAAAGGCCAACAACGAUAUCGACCAUCAUAUGGUGUUAGGAAAUAACGGCUAAGUGAAGAGAGCGAGAGACAGAGAGGGUUAGAGAGAGGAAGAGAGAGAGACGCUCAAAAGAAUAAAUUGAAGAAAAAAAGCAAAUAAAGAGAAUAAGUUGAAGAAGCAAGAUAACGAAAUCUAAUACAAUAAUUAAAUUAUAAUUAAAUAAUUAAACAAAAAAAAACAAAAUACAAGUGUUACUAAAUUAUUGCUAUUACAAUAAUAUUACUUAAAAGAGAAGAAAGCGAGAAAACAACACGAAACAAAUCAAACAUGAAUGAACCAUUGUAUUAUCUACUAAAAACUAAAAAGGAAAACCAACCAACAAAACAAGGAAUCGCGAUAAACAUACGUUCGGCUACAGUUUACAACUAAAAAUGAAAAAAACAAAACAAGUAAAAUAAAGUAAAGUUAGCAAAACGACAGGACAAGAAUAUACAUAUAUACAUAUAGAGAGAGAUAUAGAGUAUAUAUAUGCAGAAAAAAGACAGAUAAAAAACAUAUAGUAUAUUAUAUUAUUACUAUUAUUAUUGACACAGGUCGCCCGAGUGUUGUGAAGUAUAUAGUAGAAGCAAAACAAAAAAAAAACAAGCAAAACAAGACACGGCGGGAUGCGCGCUAAGAGAGAAAGAGAACCGAGAGAAUCGAAUCGAAGCCUACGAUAUAUAUUAUAUAUAUAUAUACAUAUACCAUAUA